AGAAUGGUAAUUUAGAAUACCUAUGAAUUUAUGAAUAAUUAAGCGAUGGCGUGUGUUACGAGCAAAAGUCUUCAUUCACAAGCCUUCCUCUCUGAAGAAUCCAUUUAUCUUCUUGCUCGUCUACGGUUCCUCCUUAUCCUUUCAUCUUGUCGGUCUUUACAACCAUCCAUUCCGUGCUUGAAAUUCAUACAUUAGAUUCUAGAAUUCCGGGAUUGAGAAUCUGGCGGGAAUUUUACCGGAUCGAGGUGUGAUCGCCGAUUUUUAGCGAACUAUUCGGAGACUCCUGUGACGAAUUUCGGUCGUGAUUCGGCCUAAUUUUCGUAUCUAUAAAAGGACACGAGAUGGGGUCUUUGCAAGGACCAGUUGUUUGCCCUACUUUUCGUGCGAAGCAAGCAGGAUUUUGUUCUCUGCCAAUUAAGCGUUCUUUGAUGGCUUUUAGUUUUCGAAGAGGUGAAUUUUGGGGAUUUACAGGGAUCAACGGUUUGAAUGCUAAGUUUCCAGCUAUUUCUCGCAAAGGUUGUGCUAGAAAAUGCACGACAGUGCGUUGCAGCUUCAGUUCAUCAUCUGACGACAAUGGAAGUACAGCAGAGAACUUCAACGAGAAGGACGAAGAGUACGUUGAAUCGAGUGUGGUUGAGGCUGUUGAGGUGAAAAGUGGUGCGGAUGGUUUCAUGAUUAAAAUGAGGGAUGGUAGGCACUUAAGGUGUGUUCACAACAACCCUCACGGUGGGCAUCUGCCUGAUUAUGCUCCACAUCCCGCAAUUGUGUUGAAGAUGGAAGAUGGAACUGGUCUUCUUCUUCCCAUAAUCGUGUUGGAAAUGCCAAGCGUUCUGCUCAUGGCUGCUGUGCGCAAUGUUCCAAUUGCCAGGCCAACCAUGUAUCAAGUGGUGAAAGAGAUGAUUGACAAGAUGGGUUAUGAAGUCAAACUUGUAAGGGUUACCAAGAGAGUGCAUGAGGCAUAUUUUGCUCAGUUAUACCUCUCAAAGAUUGGUUGUGACACUGACUGCCUCAGCUUUGAUCUUCGACCUUCGGAUGCUAUAAACAUUGCAGUCCGAUGCAAGGUCCCAAUUCAAGUGAACAAGUACCUUGCAUACAGUGACGGUAUGCGAGUUGUUGAAACUGGGAAGCUGUCAACCCAGACCCCUGCUACGGACGGUUUACUAUUCACCGAACUGGAUAGGCCCAGUGGUCAGCCUUGUGUGGAAGCCAAAGAAUUUGAUUUGGUGAGGAAUAUGCUGAUUGCUGCUGUUGAAGAGCGCUACAGAGAUGCUGCUCAGUGGAGGGACAAGCUCAAUCUGCUUAGGGCUAGGAAGAAUUUGGCAUAAGAGUUGCUCCUGGAGAAAGCAUACCUGUACAUAGAACGAAAUUGUUCGUGGCCGAGGCCUGGCUUGCGUCGGGAAUCUAUUGCGUCUUGCCUCUUCUACUUGCAUUAUGUAUUUAGCAACUCUGUGAAUAUAGGUUUAUAUCUCUCUCUCUCUCUCUAUAUAUAUAUAUAUAUAUAUCUAUCUUGUAGAUAGGACAUGGUGGAGUCGGGUCGUCAAGAUGUGUUCUUGGUGAAAUGCAUGACAUAACCAAUUCCUUUGAUGCUUCACAAUCACAAUGAUAAAUUUAGCAGUGAACAACAUUGCUGCUGCUUAUAUCUUACUGGCUGGCUUAUGGUCUUUGAUGA